UUUCAAGCUUUGAUAGUGUUUUUUAAUCCCUCUCUCCACCUCCCACCCCACUUUGCAUUCAUGCGCAUUGCUUUAGAAACCGUCGAUCCGUUGCCACGGUAUAAAUGCUGGUUUUUGUUUGAGGAAAACGACGACAGUACGGUCGGCGAUCUUCAAAAGGCGCUGAAUCGAGAGUUUGAACUUGCAAAAAAAAGCUCUCACAUUAAGCUUUUGGCAGGCGGAUUUGAGUAUUUGCCACGUUUUAAAGUGAAGAACUACAUUAUGGACAACGAUCUCGUCAUCGUUGCAAGUGCAAAAGAAGAGGCAGCGCCUGUCAAAAUCCAGCAAGAAGAGCGCGUCGUUGUUGCUCCGGUGGUGAAAGAUAAAAAGGAUAAGAAAAAGAAAAAGCAAGACAGAAAACGCGCAGAAGAAGAAAAGAAACGGAUCGAGGAGGAGAACAAGAAAAAGAAACGUGUCGAAAAGAAAAAUGAUGAAGCAGCAACAAAGAAACGGAAGCGAGAUGAAACUGUGGAUAACCACGCCGGUAAUGAUCAAGCAGCACCUACCACAUCAGAAGGAGAACCUGCACGAAAAUUGACACCCACACAACGACGAAACUUACGCAAAAAAGCUAUUCGUGAACGCAGAAGAUUGGAGCAGCAGCAACAACAACAACAACAACAACAACAACAGCAAUCUAAUGAGGAUAAUGAGCCACCAACACAGCUCUCAUCACGCAAAGAAAACCAACAACAACAACAACAAUUGGGAUCCAGCAAUUCUACUACUACGCCGUCUACCCGGUUAUUAAAGCAAAACAAGAACAAAAAGGCCAACUUUCUAAAGGAGAUCGGCAAGAAGAAACAGUCGCAUGUUCAUUUUGACGACGAUGACGAAGAUAUUAAAGAGAACCAGCAGGAUCUAGAACAACAAUUAACAGAGUAUGGAGAAACGGAACCACAGUCCAACCAAGAUACCCGGCAGCAAAAUGCACACGGCUCUGCAAUUGUCACAUGGAUAGAAGCCGAUGACAGAUAUGACGGCCCAACGAGAAGCAAGGACAAUUAUCCUAUUCACAAUGUGGGUGAUCACUUUUACGCCGAUGCGUCGUCGUCAUCAUCGUCGUCGUCGUCGUCAUCGUCGCCUUCUUCUACUUCUCCAGCAACAACUGCUGCGACUACAAACCGUCGAUCCAAUAAAAAAGCACAAAAAGAGCAAGUGGUACCAAAACCUGACUAUGAUAGUUUGCCAGCAGUAAGCUUUUCAGGUCCUGCUUUCCCAGCAGUUAAUGAUAUUUUGGGCAUCAAGCUGCUCGAAAUGUCAGCAUCGUACACUCCCGAGAUAUCUGACUGGAAACAAGUCAAAGUGCUAGAGUUCGAUCAAGAACAAGGCAUGCUAAAUGUUGAAUUUCAACCCGGAUUCCUGCUUAAGGAACAGCAGGGUAAAUUUACCUUACGCGAGAAUGAUUCUGGAAAUCAAGAAGACGAGGAGGACGAGGAAGAAGAAGUUGAACAGUAUUUGGAAGACCAGACAAUGCAGCUGACGCAAGUGGACGUGGUCGAUAUGCGUAGGCUGUAGAGAAGUCAACAGCAAUUGCUGUUUUUUUUACACAAAAUAAACGAUCAUGUUUUGUACGAUAAAAACAAUAAAAUUAUAAUGGC